UGCAGCCCCAUGCGCGUGCGCAGUGUGCGUAGUGUGCGCGCGUGCGCGAGCUCGUCGGCGCCUGCGCACGACGUCGCCGUCGGCUCCGCUGCCGCUGCUACCGCCACUUGGGUUCAGCUCUCCACCGGCGCGGGGCUGAAUGGGCUUCCGGGAAGCCGCCCGCCGUGAGGAAUUGGCGGUUCUUCAGCGCCCCGAGCCUCAGUGACUCGCCCUCCGUCAGCCAGAAACCCUCCUCCUGGGCCCGCGCGGGAGGAGCGGGGCCUCUGAGGGGAGCGGCGAGCCCGCCGGCCCCGGUCUCUUUCCCUGGCGGCGGCAGCGGCUUUCUCCGUAGGACAAUAUGUUCAAGAGAAUGGCCGAAUUUGGGCCUGACUCCGGCGGGAGAGUGAAGGGGGUUACUAUCGUUAAACCAAUAGUUUAUGGUAAUGUUGCUCGAUAUUUUGGAAAGAAAGAGGAGGAUGGGCACACCCAUCAGUGGACAGUAUACGUGAAGCCAUAUAGAAAUGAGGGUAUGUAAGCGUAUGUGAAGAAAAUGCAAUUUAAAUUACAUGAAAGCUAUGGCAAUCCUUUAAGAGUUGUUACAAAGCCUCCAUAUGAAAUUACUGAAACAGGUUGGGGUGAAUUUGAAAUAAUCAUCAAAAUAUUUUUCAUUGAUCCUAAUGAAAGACCUGUAACCCUGUAUCAUUUAUUAAAGCUGUUUCAGUCAGACACCAAUGCAAUGCUGGGGAAGAAGACAGUGGUUUCAGAGUUCUGUGAUGAAAUGAUAUUUCAAGACCCAGCAGCGAUGAUGCAACAGUUAUUAACCACAUCUCGUCAGCUUACCUUAGGCGCCUGUAAGCAUGAAACAGAAUCUGAUGUGGCCUCAGAAUCCAGUGCACAGGAUUUCAUGCAACUAUUGGCUGUCAUUUGCAGUUGGCAUUCAAGAUGAAAAUGAAACCUGUUUACCAACCCUGUGUUGAUAUUUGUCACCAUUCCUUCGGUUAUUUCUUUGAUCUUUCAUUCGUUUGAAGGGAGAAGGGAGUUAUACCCCAAGUCUGGUAUUCAAGGAGAGGUCUGGGCUAAAGAUAAAAAUUUGAAAGUUAAUACAGAGAUGGAUUUGUAAAUUGUGAGACCACAUGGUAUCAUCAAAAGAGUGAGUAAAGAUGGAAGAGUUCAAGACAGCCCUGAGCACUCCAGCACUUCAGCACUUAAAGAUUAUGAAGAUGACCAACAUGGGAAAUUAAGAAAGAAAAAUGAGUGUGAAGGGAGAAAAGCUAGGUGCACGUAAUCCUAGAGCCAAGUGAAGAAAGUACAUCAAGAAAUAGUCAUUAACUGUAUCCAGUACCUCUGAAGUCAGGUAAGAUGAGCCAGGAAAUGGGUGACAGCAAGGUGGAGGUCCUUGGUGAUUGUAAUGGGGGCAGUUGAAGGAGAACAGUCAGGACAGAAGGUCAGUUGAAGUGGAUCAAGAGAGAAUGAGAUGAGAGAAACUGGGGACAGGUGCAGUGGACAGCUGUGUCUUGGAGCUUGGCUGUGAAGGGAAAGUAGUCCUUGAAGCAGUAGCAGAAGCAGGAUAUGAGGUCAAGAGGGCGGUGUUUUCCGGGGGAAAUAGACCAGUUUAUUUGUAGGCUGGGAGAAGGGAUCUAGUAAAUGGGAGUUGGGGACGAGAAUGUACAGGAGAAAGAGGUUGUUGUCUGACCAUUAAUGGUUAUACAUAGUGUUUUGUUUGUAUUUUCAUGAAACCCGUGACUCGGAGUUAAAAGAUCUGAAUACUGAUUGUAAUUUUGUCACUUGGCAGUUGUUUAAAAUUUAAAAUCACACUCAUUUGAAA